AUGGCUGAGCUUGUCUCUGAAGCUACUUCCGAGGAACUCCUGGAGGUGGCUGAAGCUACCUCUGAAGCUACUUUUGAGGAAUUCCUGGGCACGGAGGAACCCACGAAAGCGCCGGCGCUGGUGAACCCAAAGCAGAAGCAGCCCAGGCGCCGCCACCGCCGCCGCCGCCGCCGCGGCCUUGCCGACAGUUUCGCCACCUACUUCCCUAGGGUUCUGAAGAGCGUUCACCAGGGCCUGAGCCUGUCACAGGAGACCGUGAGUGUCAUGGAUUCGUUCGUGAAGGACAUCUUCGAGCGAAUCGCUGACGAGGCCUCGCACCUGGUCCGCAACACCCGGCGCACCACGCUCACCUCAGAUGAGAUCCAGACGGCCGUGCGCCUGCUCCUGCCUGGGGAGCUUGGCAAGCAUGCCAUAUCCGAGGCCACCAAGGCCAUGAUCCUAAGUUCAUUAUGUCUGAUAUGGCAACAGAUAAAGUUCAGAAGCAGAUAUAAGAAUCCAUCUGUCUUCUGGUAG